AUGCAUACGGUGAAUUCAUGCCGACAAGCGCUCAACGUGUCAGGGAAAUACAUUAUCCAAAUUGUGUUACAUAGCAAACCAUUCAAAGUACUUUGCGAACAACAUAAGUUUGAUGGCGGCUGGAUUGUGAUCCAGCAUAGGUACGACGGUUCGGUCGAUUUUUAUCGGAACUGGACGGAGUACCUCAAUGGAUUCGGGAAUUUGGAUGGCGAAUUCUGGCUCGGGCUAGAAUACGUGCAUCAAAUAACUAAAAACCGACCCCAUGAACUGCUGGUGGAAAUGAAAGAUUUCUACGGAAAAUACGGAUACGCUAAGUAUGGAGAGUUUGAGAUAGGGGACGAAUCGGAGUUGUAUGUGUUGAAGAAGUUAGGGACAUACUCAGGGACCGCAGGAGAUUCGAUGAGCAACCAUAAGAAUCAAAUGUUUAGCACAUUCGAUGUCGACAAUGGCUUUGCUUCUUAUAAUUGUGCUAAGGAAUAUCACGGAGCCUGGUGGUACAGAAGCUGCUACAUUUCAAAUUUGAACGGCCGUUAUCAGAACACAACAAAUGAAAGGAGUGCGAUGUCGUGGUACCAUUUCAAAAACGACUUCCGUGGUUUGUCUUACUCGCGAAUGAUGAUUCGUGAUAUCAUUAAUUAA